UUCAUUGCAGGAGAAGAGGACAAAGAUACUCAGAGAGAAAAAGUAAAGGACCGAAGAAGGAGACUGGAGAGACCAGGAUCCUUCCAGCUGAGCAAAGUCAGCCGCAAAGCAGACUAGCCAGCCGGCUACAAUUGGAGUCAGAGUCCCAAAGACAUGGGUUUACUAGAGUGCUGUGCAAGAUGUCUGGUAGGGGCCCCCUUUGCUUCCCUGGUGGCCACUGGACUGUGUUUCUUUGGGGUGGCACUGUUCUGUGGCUGUGGACAUGAAGCACUCACUGGCACAGAAAAGCUAAUUGAGACUUAUUUCUCCAAAAACUACCAAGACUAUGAGUAUCUCAUCAAUGUGAUCCAUGCCUUCCAGUAUGUCAUCUAUGGAACUGCCUCUUUCUUCUUCCUUUAUGGGGCCCUCCUGCUGGCUGAGGGUUUCUACACCACCGGCGCAGUCAGGCAGAUCUUUGGCGACUACAAGACCACCAUCUGCGGCAAGGGCCUGAGUGCAACGGUAACAGGGGGCCAGAAGGGGAGGGGUUCCAGAGGCCAACAUCAAGCUCAUUCUUUGGAGCGGGUGUGUCAUUGUUUGGGAAAAUGGCUAGGACAUCCCGACAAGUUUGUGGGCAUCACCUAUGCCCUGACCGUUGUGUGGCUCCUGGUGUUUGCCUGCUCUGCUGUGCCUGUGUACAUUUACUUCAACACCUGGACCACCUGCCAGUCUAUUGCCUUCCCCAGCAAGACCUCUGCCAGUAUAGGCAGUCUUUGUGCUGAUGCCAGAAUGUAUGGUGUUCUCCCAUGGAAUGCUUUCCCUGGAAAGGUUUGUGGCUCCAACCUUCUGUCCAUCUGUAAAACAGCUGAGUUCCAAAUGACCUUCCACCUGUUUAUUGCUGCAUUUGUGGGAGCUGCAGCCACACUGGUUUCGCUGCUCACCUUCAUGAUUGCUGCCACUUACAACUUUGCCGUCCUUAAACUCAUGGGCCGAGGCACCAAGUUCUGAUCUCCCAUAGAAUUCCCCUAAUAGUGAGGCUCUAACCACACAGCCUACAAUGCUGCGUCUCCCAUCUUAACUCUUUGCCUUUGCCACUGACUGGCCCUCUUCUUACU